AUGUCAGGCCACUUCCCGCGCUUGAAUCUGGAUCGACCCGCGGAUCUGGAUCAUGUGCUCCACGUCAUCAAUGACCAUGCUCACAAGGUGGCGCAGAUGGAGUUCGGAAGCGAGCUCGAACGUGACAAGGCGCUCAAAGCUCUGGUGGACAAGAUGAUCAAACGCUUGACAGGAGCAACCAAAGCCAAGAUCGAGCGAAACCUGUUGUACAACGGCAUGUCACCUGGCGAAUAUUCACGGCAUAGCAAAGGCGUCGAGCCCUUCGACGAGGAUCUUUCCAGACGGCUCCAGGUCCUCAACGAUCAGUCCAAUACGCUCACGACGGAAGUCAUUGCAUUCCGCAAGGCGCUACCGGCGCGCAGAGCAGAGGCAAUGGAGAAGAGGGCCGCCGUCAUUCGCGCAUUGGAAGCCAAGACGGAAGAGCAACGCCGAGCUGCAGAGGAGGAGCAUGCCCUCAGGCUGCGAGAGCAGAGCAAGCCGAUCAACAUUGACCUCAAGAGGAAAGCAGAGGUGGCAGACACGCUCAAACACUCGGUCGUCGACAUCACCAGCCUCCAAGUGUCCAUCCUCGAACAAGCAACAGCAGCCAACGAGCAGGCCAAGUUGGUCAAGCGUCUGCGCACCAUGCCCUUGUGA